UGUGUCCCUCCGCCGCGUGUCCCUCCGCGAUCGGCGGUCAGGCUGUGGCGGCCAGAGACUGAGGGGAGGCGGGAGCUGGAAGUGCCGGGCGGACGUGAGGCGACCAGUGCUGGGGUAGAACCCAGGCCUGGAGCGUGCCGGCCAAGGGCCCCACUGAGCCCAGAAAAAGGACUAAGAAGCUUCCGAAGGUCAUUGCUGUCUCAUCCGUUUGUGGGAAAACGAGGAAAAUCCAGAGACAUCGCCACCCAAUUCUGAGAAGGGUUGGAAGUACACUAGAAGAUCCAGAGGAGGAGCCGUGGGCUGGGUGGCCUCCCUGGGCCUCUGUCGGCCUGCCUCGUGGACUGUCCGCCUGUCCUUGGCUGCGUCCCAAGACGGUGGUUCUGCCACCAUGUCCAGCCCCUUCCUGAAGCAAGUCUUCAACAAGGACAAGACCUUCCGGCCCAAGCGCAAGUUUGAGCCAGGCACCCAGCGCUUCGAGCUGCACAAGAGGGCCCAGGCGUCGCUGAACGCGGGGCUGGACCUGCGGCUGGCCGUGCAGCUGCCCCCGGGCGAGGAGCUCAACGACUGGGUGGCCGUGCACGUGGUGGACUUCUUCAACCGCAUCAACCUCAUCUACGGCACCAUCAGCGACGGCUGCACGGAGCAGUCCUGCCCCGUCAUGUCCGGGGGGCCCAAGUACGAGUACCGCUGGCAGGAUGAGCAGCGGUUCCGUAGGCCCACGGCGCUGUCCGCCCCCAGGUACAUGGACCUGCUGAUGGACUGGGUGGAGGUGCAGAUCAACAACGAGGACGUCUUCCCCACCAACGUCGGCACGCCGUUCCCCAAGAGCUUCCUGCAGGUGGCGCGGAAGAUCCUGUCGCGCCUGUUCCGCGUCUUCGUGCACGUGUACAUCCACCACUUCGACCGCAUCGCGCAGAUGGGCUCCGAGGCCCACGUCAACACCUGCUACAAGCACUUCUACUACUUCGUCACCGAGUUCGGCCUCAUCGACACCAAGGAGCUGGAGCCGCUGAAAGACAUGACCGCACGGAUGUGCCGCUAAGAGCCCGGGCCACCACCAGCCUCCGGGGCCUACAGGAGGGCAUCUUUGAGUCCAUGGCGUCUGUCCCUGCAGCUGAGCAUCCUGAGGGCUUCGCACCUCAUGGGGGCUGGCCGGGACACGUCCUCUUCCCUGGCCUCAGUCUCCUCCUCUGUCAAGAGGAGGCUGAACCUGGACUCUGGGAUUUUGUUUCUUAGCAACCGGGAAAACCCACUGUGUUUGUGGACCUCGUCCUCCUGCCAGGUGGCGGGGCCGCCCACUGCCGCCCACCUCCUGGCCCUUCUCAGAACUGCCCCCAGCCCCGCCCUGCCCUACCGUGGCCUUCAGGCUAGUCCCGGCCAGGAGGGAGGCCGGCUCCGUCUCAGCCUCUCCCAGCCUCAGAGCCAGGGCUCUGCACUGUGCCCACGGAGCCCCCAGCCCUUUCCCAAAGGGGACAACUGGGCCAGGCCGGCCCUGUGUGGGGCCUCCUGUGCCCACGCACCUGCCCGCGCCCGGCCGGGUGUCCUGGUGCUGCGGGGCCCAGGCCUGAGUGCUGCAGGUCUCAGGGUCCUGCCCUCACGGUCUUUUGGGAGGGGCACCAGGGGUUGAACCCAGGGGGUGUCACCCGAGCAGUCACCCUGAGCCGCCCCCCCCCCCCCCCCGCUUUGUGUUGAGACACAGGGUCUUGUGGGGUCUCCCAGGCUGGCCUUCGCCAUCUCCUGCCCCAGCCUCUUGAGUCACCAAGGUGGCGGCCGUGGCCACUACCUGGCUUAAGAUGUUCUUAAAGGUGUUCUUCCAACUAGUAGCUAGUGACCCCAGGAUGUCCCUUCCACUGCCACCAGCCCAGGAGUGGCCCCCCUGGAUGUCUCCACUGACUGCCCGGGGGCAGGAAGUGGCCUUUUUUUCAGGUGCCUGAGAACUUUCUAGAGAAACCCUUUGUGCCGCCCCCACAGGGCCACAGGACCAAACCCAGGGACACCCCGUUUCCCUUGGAGGCUGUGCUGGGGCAUGACCAAAGGACUCCUCACCUGGCCCAGCUCCGCCCCCAGCCACACCCCCUGGCCUGGGCCUCUGUGGCCCUUCCCUGCUGACCCAGCGCGGCCCCAGCCACAGGGGCUCUGUCCUCCCGAGUCUGGGAGGUGCUCAGCUGAGCAGUGCUGCUGACACUGUCCUGCCUGACCCCGGAGCUCAGGGAGCCACAGGACAUGUCCCCAAGCCUGGGGGGCCACUGUGCCAGCAGCCCACGCACCAGGAGGUGCCUGAACCCCAUGGCACUGCCCUGGCCCCACCCUGCUCUGAGACCAUCCUCCCCCCUGGGCGCGGAGGACACGGGCACCCUGGCUGCUGGGUGUGCUGCCGUUUCCCAGCAGAGGAGGGUCUGGGGUGGGACAGCAGCCGUGGGCAUCUUGUCCCCAAGGGGCUUCCCAAAUAAACAGAUGCAUCGGGGCA